AACUGCGCGGCGUCCACCGUUCCCUCCCUUUCCGAGCCUGGGCCGCUCCUCCUCCUCCUCCUCCUCCUCCAAUUCCGGCUCCUUCUGCUGCCGGAUAUCCCCUGCUCACCGUCAGUUUUGUUUGUCCCAGCACUGCACUACUCCACCGUCCCGCAGGUACUUCUCCUCCUUUCAGAGAUUCUCUCAUUAGGCCGUGGCACAAUUUGGAAGCGAUCAGAAGUUGUUCUGUCUGAUCCUGAUCCUGAUCCUGAAUUUGGAACUGGAAGACUAUCUUUCGUAGUGGCUUACUCUCCAUUUGAUGUACAGCCGGAGUUUGAGAUUACUGAAGCAAGUAUGUGCUCGUGGAGUGAGAAACUCAAUGCCGACCUUUCUGGGACCAUGGAUGGUAGCACCAUGAAGAAAUACCGACGUGAGGCUUACCACCGAGUGUUUGUAAACCGCAGUUUGGCGAUGGAGAAGAUUAAAUGUUUUGGAUUUGACAUGGACUACACUCUAGCAGUGUACAAAUCUCCAGAAUACGAGGCUUUGGGCUUUGAUUUGACUGUUGAGCGCUUGGUCUCCAUUGGGUAUCCUCAGGAGCUAUGCAACUUUGUCUAUGAUCCUGUUUUCCCUACCAGGGGUCUGAUUUUUGACACAUUAUAUGGGAACUUGCUGAAGGUGGAUGCAUAUGGGAACAUCCUGGUCUGUGCCCACGGAUUCAAUUUCAUGAGGGGCCCAGACAUAAGGGAGCAAUAUCCAAACAAGUUUAUUCAGCGAGAUGAUACUGAGCGCUUUUACAUCCUCAACACCCUCUUCAAUUUGCCGGAGACCUAUCUGUUUGCUUGUCUGGUUGAUUUUUUUACGAAUUGCCCCCGAUACACAAGAAGAGAUCUCUGA